UUGGCGAAAAGUGGAGGUCGUAAAGCAAUUUAUAUCCCCAGUUUCUCGGCAACAGCGAAAGGAAACCUGCAAUACUGGAACUAUCCCACGCCUCGUCCCUGUUUUGAUUUAUGUUGGAGAUGGUUAACAGUGAACUGCUCGUCGUUGCAAGCUGUGGCACUGCAAUUGCGGAUUUUAUGGGCUUCAGUUCGCUGGCAGGAUAUGAAGCCGGAAGAUGAUGAUCCUGAUAGACGGGUAGUGAAUCAUUUUCCGGAUCGCGAUGAACGUCGAUGGAUUUCUCUCCACAAGGAGUAUGCCCCGCCAUGCAUUUAUGAAAGGUAUCGACUUUCCAUCGAAGUUCUACCUCUGGACGACGACAAUGGAGCCGAUGAAGAAGAUGAUUUGUCGUGGACGAGCAGUGAACGGGAACGACGGAAAAGUGUUCGGCGAAGAAAACCUCAGUCGCAGUCAUCACGCGUUAGACGAGUAUCUCAGAUUAAAGAGGAAUGGGUUGACGGCGUGGAUUUGAAACUCUAUGAAAUUUAUGAUUACUGGAGAGGAUUCAGUGAGCGAUUCACAAACCGUUUGAAGUCAUCUCAGCCGACAGCACAGAGAGUUCAGCCACCACGAUCAGCUGCAAAACCAGCUCAACCCUACAAAGAACGAACCGCAAGCCCUGUUCCGAAUGUUGUUGCCCCGCGUAAAGCGGUUUCUGUCCAGGAUCGUCCUGUUCGUCCUCCUCCUCCACGAAAUUCAUCAACGCCGACACCACAACAAGUACGCUCUGUCGCAGUCAUCACCGCUGAGCGAUUACGAAAGGAGGGUCGAAUAAAUAACUACCACUAUUACUCCGCUGCUGAUGAAAGGGAUGAUGACGAGAGUUGUGACAGUACAUAUACGGAAGGAUCUGAACUGACAGGAUGGGAACCUCGUGCCGCGAAGCGGCCACGGCUUUCGACGCCUCGCAUGGACUCCUCUCGUCUACUUCGAACUCUUACUCCACCCACGUCACGUGCCGUGACUGGUCGUUCUUACCAGGUUGGAUGCAUCCGCGGAGGUGGCAGAACUGCAGCGGUGAGUAGUUCCGGUCGUUUUGCAGUGGCGAUGAUUAUUGUAAAAAUGCCAGGUUGA